GGCCCCAUCACCCCAAUUCAUGGGUUCCUCCUGGAAUAUCUCUAUGGCGGCGGCAAAGAAGAUUCCAAGAAGCAAGAGGAGAAACAUGUCCAAGUUAUCCAACAGCCUGAAGGCGCUUAUCAACGCCCCAAUUGCCCGGCCGGCCACUGUGCCUGCUCCUCGCAACAUCCAGUCUGUCUAUCACAAGAUCCAACAAGGCGCUCAAGCGAACAAUGUCUCCCAGCCAUCUUGGCUGGCUCUGUCGACAGCCGCCACAAUGACAAUGAAUUCACCGGAUUCCUUGGUCGCGCUUUUCCAACAAGCAACUACAUCCAAGUCAACGGAAGAGAGCGUUGCCGCAGCGGAACUGAUGCGGGAGGUUGGCCUCAAGUGCAUCAGCUUCAAUGGAAUUCCCCGCACUAUCAACUGCCUUAAUGCCUUCAAAACCAGUCUUCCCGAUGCUGUGAGCGCACAAUUAUCGCGUGUCCCAACCCGAGCCCCAACCCAAGACAACAUCAGUGAAAUUCGCCAUCGCGGUCGCGCCUUGUGGGACUCGAUUUAUCGCCCAUUUGAGGCCAAGCUCUAUGACAAACUGGCCGACUCCCAUCCAGACCUGCCUGUCCAUAUCCUCAAUAGUAAUUACGGAGCUCUCCUGUCUGACCCUGCAGGGCGGACUACAGGCGCAAAUGCUGGCAGGGUGAUGACGUCCAUUGUUGCCGUUGCAUGCUUGCGUGCGCAAACUGGAGUCGGGCCUCAGGUGACCUCACACGUGUUUGGUCUACGCAAAGCAAUCGAAGAUGGAACAUGGGCCAAUGACGUUGAGAGCGAGCAAGGAGCCAAGUGGCUAGCCAGUGACGAGGGCAAUGCAUGGAUUCUGACUAGUGUGGACGAGAUUGUUGAGUCUAUUGGCCAAGGACUGGGAUCGAAUUUUGCUCCUGGGCGGGAAUCGAAGUUGUAGAUGGAUAUCCUAGCGAUGAAAAGUCGUGUAUAUAUCUCCAUUUAUAUAUACAACAUUAUGGCUUGGAGGAUAUACAUAUUUAUGACUUACUGGUUAUCGGUCCAUGCUCACUUUCAAUCUAGUUCGAGACGGCAGCCCUCCACUCUGUACAACGACUUCGAUUUCAUUGAAUGAGUCAGGUAUACUAGCUUUUCGAGAUCAUCCAUAAUCGAGAUUUUCAUUCCGAUUCUAUUAAUAGCCGGUACUUGCCCCAAUGGUUAUUCUCUUUCCGGUUAUUUCUCUCACCGACAUUGUUGAAGAUGUGGAGUAUUAAAGAAAUUGAAAUGGUCGAAAAUAGUCAAUCCUCCCAGCAUACUCCGUACUCAUUCUCGAGUCUAUCGAGAUAGUUCCGAUAUGGAAAUACUGCCUCACAAUGGCGGUCAU